UUCACAACUCCUCCUCCUCCUCCUCCUCCUCCUCCUCCUCUAUUCCUAGCUAGCUCUUCAUCUUUUGAAAUCUCUCUCCAUCUAUGGCUAUUGAGUCAGUAUUGUCACCGCUAGGUCCUCCUGCAUGCGAAAAAGAUGCUAAAGCUCUUCAGUUUAUUGAAGAUAUGACAGCAAAUGUAGACCUAGUGCAAGAGAGGGUUCUGAAAGAAAUACUCACUAGCAAUGCCGAGACUGAAUAUCUUCAAAAAUACCAUCUCAACGGAGCUACUGAUAGGGAUAGUUUCAAGUCCAAAAUUCCUAUGGUUACCUAUGAGGAUCUCCAACCUCAGAUCCAACGUAUUGCUAAUGGUGACAAGUCUCCCAUCCUGUCCUCUCACCCUAUUUCUGAGUUCCUAACCAGCUCUGGUACUUCUGCAGGUGAAAGAAAAUUGAUGCCAACAAUUGAAGAAGAAAUGGAUCGUCGUCAGCUAUUGUACAGUCUUCUCAUGCCUGUCAUGAACCUCUAUGUACCGGGUUUGGACAAAGGAAAAGGUCUUUACUUCUAUUUUAUCAAGGCGGAAGCAAAAACUCCUGGUGGGCUAGUGGCACGUCCUGUGCUCACUAGCUACUACAAGAGCAAACAAUUCAAAACCAGACCCUAUGACCCUUAUAAUGUUAUCACAAGCCCCAACGAGACAAUUCUAUGUGUAGAUUCCUUCCAGAGUAUGUACUCUCAAAUGUUGUGUGGCCUGAUUAUGCGAGAAGAAGUGCUUCGGGUUGGUGCUGUGUUUGCAUCUGGCCUUCUUAGAGCCAUUCGAUUCCUUCAACUCAACUGGAAAGAGCUUGCCAAUGAUAUCUCCACUGGCAGCUUAAACCCUAAAGUUACAAACCCUUCAAUAAGAGAAUGUAUGGCCAAAAUCCUGAAACCUAACCAAGAACUUGCUGAGUUCAUCACCAAAGAGUGCUCAGAUGAAAAUUGGGAACGUAUUAUCACUAGAAUUUGGCCCAACACGAAAUAUCUUGAUGUGAUUGUCACUGGAGCUAUGGCUCAAUACAUUCCCACUCUGGAUUACUAUAGUGGUGGCUUGCCAAAGCCUUGCACUAUGUAUGCUUCAUCUGAGUGCUUUUUUGGGCUUAACCUGAGGCCGAUGAGCGAACCAUCAGAGGUUUCUUAUACGAUUAUGCCAAACAUGGGUUACUUUGAGUUUUUGCCUCACGAUCCCUCAGCUCCAGCCUUCUCUCGUGAAUCACCUCCUCGUCUCCUGGACCUUGCUGAUCUUGAAGUUGGCAAGGAAUACGAACUUGUGAUCACUACUUAUUCGGGCCUCAAUCGGUACCGAGUAGGUGAUAUCCUUUUAGUCACUGGGUUCUACAACAAGGCUCCACAGUUUCGAUUUGUGAGGAGAAAGAAUGUCUUAUUGAGCAUCGAGUCGGACAAGACCGAUGAGGCUGAGUUGCAAAAGGCCAUUGACAAUGCAUCCUUGUUGUUACGUGAGUUCAACACUAGUGUUGUUGAGUACACUAGUUAUGCAGAGACCAAAAUAAUUCCAGGUCACUAUGUGAUUUAUUGGGAGUUGCUCGUUAAGGAUCCAGCUAAUUCGCCAACUGAGGAGGUUUUGAACCAAUGUUGUCUAGCCAUGGAAGAGUCACUAAAUUCAGUUUAUAGACAAAGUCGAGUUGCUGAUAACUCUAUUGGACCACUAGAGAUAAGGGUGGUAAAGAACGGAACUUUUGAAGAGCUGAUGGAUUAUGCAAUUUCAAGGGGUGCAUCUAUUAAUCAGUACAAGGUACCAAGGUGUGUUAGCUUCACUCCUAUCAUGGAAUUGCUUGACUCUAGAGUGGUGUCCAAGCAUUUCAGUCCAUCUGUGCCGCAUUGGACCCCAGAAAGACGAAGUUGAGUGCAUGAGAAUCGAGAAUUGGGCUACCGACCAAAAAGGGAUCUCUUCGUCUUUCCUUUCCUGGGGAGAAGGGGAGUCCUGUGACAGCUCCUCCUCUCUAUAUAUGUCUCCUGUCUUCUUUUAUUUUGUUUAGCUUUUGAAAGUGUCUUUUUUACCACUAGUUUCCUUUUGAUUUUGUGCAGGGAAAGUGUGUGUUUGUGUUUGUGUUUGUGUUUGUGUUUCUGUAAUAAGUUCGCAUAAUAUGCACUGCGCAUGAUGUAAUUGUCCAUUUGAUGCUUGUUUAUCCA